GUUUGCUAGAGGAGUCGAUGCUUAGACAAGUAAAUAAGAUUAUUCUGAGAAAUAUUCGAAGGAAGGAAUGCUAUACUAAAGCAGGGUCUUACAGUAAUAAUCCUCGAGUAACUCUAUUCCGAGGAGAAACGUAUCAUUACCAACAACCAGACGACAUGCAAGAAGCAGUUUGUUUACUGUUGGACAGAUUUAACUCUCUUUUCACGGACUCUAUGAGUAAAACAGACGAAGUUGAAAAACUGCAGGGCAUUUUUAAGAGUGUUGCUUGGCUAGUAUUCGAACUUUUAGACUUACAUCCAUUUUCUGAUGGAAAUGGAAGACUGUGUAGGCUACUUUGUAGCUACGUUCUCUCUACUUGUACCCCUUUUCCAUCCCCCAUCUACAACAUGUACAGCGAUUCAAGCAAAAAUGAUUUCGAGAAUGCCCUCGUGGACGCYAGAAAGUCUGAAACGAGACAUCCUUGUGAACUAACGACCAUGAUCAUUGAAAGUAACUGGGAAAGUUGGAAGAACUUGGAGAAAUACUGUUUUGGCUCUUCCAAAUCAUGCGAUCAAGCUACUCAUACCUCAAGUGAAGAUUCCCGAGUCACGAGUUUGGAUAACUCGCAUUCUCGCCCAAGCAUUUUGAUUGCAAGUUGUGCRUGAAUCUUGCAGGCAUCYAUGCCAAACAUUCUGCUAUGCGACUGAGUUGUAUUACUACCAUUAUCACUUACCUCAAAUUCUUGACACCUUUUUUUAAGAAUGCUUAAUAGAGCUGACGUUGACAUUUUACCACAAGAAAUGUUUUUCCAUUUUCCUCACUAAAAUACCUACUCUAUUAAAGAAAGUGUCUGUGUAUUUGAUUGUCACAUUACCAUGUCAUGCUUGCAAAGAAACCAAUUUUACACCAUAUACCAGCUUUCCACAUUUCCCUGCAAUACAUUYGGCCARUAAAAUUGCAAGCGAUUUGUGAUUGCAGCAGCAAAUCUCACUACAGAGAAGUCAAAAAACUUUGACUAAGUGACAAUGGUCCAGCAUGCAGCACAGUAAAGCCAAUCCAUUUUGGAUGUUUUUUUUUUCAGUUAUGAAAAAAUUAAAGUUUAAAAUUGAAAUAAAGGAUAAUUAAGAAUUUUGGUUGCA